UCCGGACCAACGGGCCACUUGAAUCUUUACGGCCCUAAAGGUGGGUCUCGUCUCAGACUUCGUUCUCUGCCUACAUACGACACCAGUUCGUCGCGGCGGAGACGAGAGAAGACUAGUUGGCAGGCGACGGGGACGACGAACACGCUCAGAUCCGACGAGAUGGCGGCGAAGGCGAUCUCGAGCCCCGUGCCGGUGGAAUGGUACCCGACGCUGGCCGUCGUCACGGUCUCCGUCGGCCUCAUGCUCACUGCGUCCUUCUUCAUUUAUGAAGCCACUACUUCCAGGCGUAACCGUAGUUUAGCAAAGGAGAUUGUCACAGCGUCCACUGCUUCUGUCUUUCUGGGCUUUGGAUCUCUGUUCGUGCUCCUUGCGAGUGGUGUUUAUGUCUGAUGAUUGGCUAUGCGAGCUUCUUGUUCAUGUUCUGGAGUCAUUGUCGUAGCUAGGAUGUCAUAUUCUAGAAAACUGAAAUUGUGUUGGUUCCUGGAGAAUAUGCAGAACAAUGAUGUUUUAGACAAAAAGGAUGAGAGACCUAGAAAUUAAACUUGUGUUGUCAAUAUUUUCUCUAUCAUACCGUCGGAUCACAAUUUCAGUUCUAUAAUUACUGUUGUUACCAAUUGCUGCUUGUUUCACAGAAACCACAUCA